UUGGCUGCCGAAGUUGUCUCCUGAAUAAGUGUUGAUUUUUCCCGACAUAUAAAAUUUCCCGUUGACUCCUGCGGAAGAUGUUCGCCUAGUUAGUGUAUUGUUGCCACCGUCCUCCUCCACGACAAAGAAAAGGAAUAUGCAUAAAUCGGUGCUCUUCACCUUACUCGCCUUGAGUUUAGGACUGGCGUAUGCCUUCCCCUCACCGCAGGAAAAUAAAGGAAAGAACUGGGUUUUGAUUGUAGCUGGCUCCAACGGCUGGUACAACUACAGACACCAGGCAGAUGCUUGUCAUGCCUACCAGAUUGUCCACAAGAAUGGCAUUCCAGAUGAACAGAUUGUGGUCAUGAUGUAUGAUGACCUGGCGGAAAAUGAGCAAAACCCCACCCCAGGGAUAUUGAUCAACAGGCCAAACGGCACAGAUGUGUACAAAGGAGUUCCUAAAGAUUACACUGGCGGCGAUGUAACCCCAAAAAACUUUCUUGCUGUGCUGAAAGGUGACUCUGCAAGUGUUAAGGGCGGUUCUGGAAAAGUGCUGAAGAGCGGCCCCAAUGAUAACGUGUUUGUUUACUUCACCGAUCACGGGGCACCUGGCAUUCUGGCCUUUCCCAGUGAUGACCUCCAUGUUAAAGAUCUCCAAGAUGCUAUUCAGUAUAUGCAUAAAAACAUGAAAUACAAAAAGAUGGUGUUUUACAUUGAAGCAUGCGAGUCUGGGUCAAUGAUGGUCCAGCUCCCUCAGAACAUUGAUGUAUUUUCCACCACUGCUGCUAGCCCUGCUGAAUCCUCUUAUGCCUGUUACUAUGAUGAGAGCAGGGACACAUACCUUGGCGACUGGUACAGUGUCAACUGGAUGGAGGACUCUGAUGUGGCGGACAUGAACAAAGAAACUCUGCUGGAUCAGUACAAGACAGUGAAGCUCCGCACAAACACCAGCCAUGUUCAGAAAUAUGGAAGUGAGACGCUGCAAAAAGAGGAUUUAUGUGCAUUCCAAUGCAACAGCCUGGGAGACAGACAGCCCGCCCCUCCAAUGAACCUGCAGCCAGUUAAAAGUCUAGAUCUAACUCCAAGCCCUGAUGUCCCUCUGGCCAUCCUUAAGAGGAAGCUGAUGGCCACCAAUGACAUCAGAGUGGCAAGGAGACUGCUGAAGGAGAUCAACAGCCACUACAAUGUCAGACACAUGCUGGCUGAGACGAUGCAUCAAGUGGUUGAGAAGGUCACUGGCAGUAAGAUGAGAACCAAUGAAAUUCUUGAGCAGAGGGCUGAGCUCAACCAGUAUGGUUGCUACAAGGCAGCAGUCGAACACUACAAGUACACCUGCUUCAACUGGCACAAAGCUGAGUAUGAAUACGCGUUGAGACAUCUGUACGCUCUGGUGAACCUGUGUGAGGCAGGAUACCCAUCUAUCAGUAUCCAGUGGGCCAUGGACUCUGUGUGUUCUGUCGACCCGAACAACACUAUUGUGUUUUAAAAAAAUAAGCAGAUAAAAAAGGAAAAUAAUCAUAAUGACAGUAAUAAUCAAAAAAGUACUGAUGGUGACAAGUUCAUCAUAAAUGGCAAAAUACUAGCAUUUAACACUGUGAUGCCAUUUCAGUUUAAUUUUUCUGAGUGAUGAGAGGUUGCAAAUUUAAAAAAAGAAAACCCUCUCUGUUAGACUUGGUUACUCAGAAUUUCUCUCUAUGUAACACACUUCCUGUUCCUUCAGCCACAUCUCAAAUGUUUGGGGGCUUCUCUGGUGUCCAGAGUUGAAGCAGCAGUUUCAUAUAGUUCACAGAGGGGACCGGAGCUUCCUGCCUACUUGUUGCUCUGUGUGACUCAACUCUUCCAAAUAUUGCAGCGAGGGAUGGUGGGACAGAGUUCUUUGGAAAUCUUAUAGGGGAAAAGUGAAAUCUGUUCACCACUUUGAAAUGAAUCAAAGUGUGUCGCUGUACAAUCAUUCCUAAAAAACUUUUAAAGUGUCAGAUCAGUCUGUUUCUUCAGCGCGGGACGGCCUGAGAAGACACCGUUUCUCUUUGCACUCUUUGAUUGUGAAUCAAGCUGAUAUGACCAUGGUGAUAGUUUUCUCAGCACACUAUACUUCUUUUUAAUGUGUUUUUGAUUUUUAAAAUGCUUGUUUUAUUGCACUGUGACAGGUUUGUCACAAAAUUUACUGCUUCAGAUUUAGGAAGAAAUAUUCUAAGGGUGUUUUGUAUGAAUUGCUCUUACAUUUUUUUUUUUUUUUUUUUUUACUCUAUGAAUGUAAGGGAUAAUACCACUGAAUACUCAAUGUUUAUCAAAAUUUUGGAGACUUUGCUGUAAGACAGAAACCUUAAAAUAAAUUCUACCAGUCUGAAACUGCUUAAAAUG